CGCAACAAAUAGCUCUGCCAAAAAACAGCUAAUUACAUGAAUAAAAUCCAAUUUUUUUCAGCACUACUUCUCCAAAUCAUGAGUGUUCCAAUGGUAUUUCAGGCCAAAGCCAUGACUACAAAGCUCAUACUCUCCACUGCAUUUUUAGCUCUUCUCAUCUCCAUUUCGUUACUCUAUUUCAAUUCUGAAUACCCCGAUAUUCUCCACCAACAAUACUUUAAUGAUAACGAGACCAUCAAAUUUCAAGACGCCGUCGUUAUGCGAAUGCCUGGCGGCGCUGUGGGCCCGGAGAGCUUCGACUUCGAUGGGGGCGGCGGCGGGCCCUACACCGGAGUCUCCGAUGGUAGGAUUAUCCGGUGGCAGGCUAAUGAAAGCCGCUGGGUGGACUUCGCCGUCACAUCGCCGGAGAGGGUUGGAUGCGUUGGUGGUAUUGAAAGGGAGCACAUUUGUGGGAGGCCGUUGGGGCUCCGAUUCGAUGAGAAAACGGGCGGGCUGUACAUCGCGGAUGCCUAUAUGGGCCUACUUUAUGUGGGCCCAAAUGGUGGGCUUUCUACCCCAGUAGUUACCCAGGUCAACGGAGUUAAUUUGGGCUUCACCAAUUCUGUCGACGUUGACCAGGCCACUGGAGUCGUCUAUUUUAGUGACAGCAGUACCAGGUUUCAAAGAAGGAAGUUUGUUUCGGCGAUCAUGAGCGGCGACGACAGUGGAAGGGUGAUGAAAUUCGACCCCCGAACAAGAAAAACCAGUGUCCUCGUGGACAAGCUCAAGUUUCCAAACGGCGUCGCAUUGAGCAAAAAUGGCGAUUUCCUCCUUUUUGUAGAGACCACAACUUGCAAAUUAUACAAGUUGUGGCUCAAAACCGGGAACCUGGAGGUAGUGACAGAGUUCCUCGGAUUCCCGGACAAUAUAAAGAGGAAUAGAAAUGGCGAAUUUUGGGUGGGGAUCAAUUCCCGAAGAGGGAAGCUAGUGCGAUGGCUCAUUUCCAACCCUUGGAUCGGAAAGGCCGUAGUUAGGUAUGUGCCAUUGGAUGUUACGAAGAUAUGCGCAUAUUGGCCUAGUGGUAGAGGGAUGGGGAUUAGAUUGGAUAGGAAUGGGAACGUGGUGGAUGUGUUGGAGUUUAGGAAAUGGAAAGAGGUUAGCGAAGUGCAUGAGGAAAAUGGCUCUUUGUGGAUAGGAUCUGUUAUCAAGCCAUUUUCUCUCUCUCACACAAUUCCUAAUUCUAACAACUUUAUAUGAAUAAUCAUUGUGGAUUGAUUGCA